CCACCCUUUAAAUUCAGAGGCGACCGGGGCGAAGGAUACUAGUUCCUUUCACGUCACGAAUGACACGUGUAUUCAAGAUGGCGGCCGCGGCGAUGGCGACGUGGUUGGCCCUUCUGCUGUUGUCCAUGUUGCCUGGAGGAGUACAGGCCUUUUACGUGCCUGGAGUUGCUCCAAUGAACUUCCACCAGAACAGUGCUGUAGAGAUUAAGGCCGUGAAGCUGACCAGCUCCCGGACUCAGCUUCCCUAUGAAUACUACUCCCUGCCCUUCUGUCUGCCUGAUAAAGUGGUCUACAAAGCAGAGAACCUGGGGGAGGUGUUACGCGGGGACCGUAUUGUCAACACCCUGUACUCGGUACUCAUGACCCAGGACAGGAAGUGUGAGGUGGUUUGUGCCAAGAUGAAACUCAACGUACAGCAGAGUAAGCUGGUGGCUGAGCGAAUUCAGGAGGAGUACUAUGUUCACCUCAUUGCGGACAACCUCCCAGUGGCUACGCGGCUGGAGUUCAACCCAAACAUAGAGGCAGGGGCUGAGGACAAGGAGGUGGUGAAGGAUGUUCAGUUUGAACACGGCUACAGGUUGGGCUUCACUGACAACAACAAGUUCUACCUACACAACCACCUGUCCUUCAUCAUCUACUACCACAAGGAGAAGCUGGAGGAGGGGGAAGAGCACAACUACAGAGUUGUACGUUUUGAGGUGGUUCCCCAGAGUGUCAAGGUGGAGGACCUAAAGGCGGCUGAUAAGGGGGCAUGUACCCUGCCCGAGGCCACUAACUCAGCUCCUCAGGAGAUUGACCCCUCCAAGGACAAUGACGUUCUCUUCACCUACUCUGUCCGCUGGGAGGAGAGCCAGGUGAAGUGGGCAUCUCGCUGGGACACCUACCUGACCAUGAGUGACGUGCAGAUCCACUGGUUCUCCAUCGUCAACUCCGUGGUGGUGGUCUUCUUCCUCUCUGGGAUCCUCAGUAUGAUCAUCAUCAGGACCCUGAGGAAGGACAUCGCCAACUACAACAGAGAGGAUGACAUAGAGGACACCAUGGAGGAGUCAGGCUGGAAGAAUGUCCAUGGUGACGUGUUCAGACCUCCACAGUAUCCCAUGAUCCUCAGCUCUCUGCUGGGCUCAGGCAUACAGCUCUUCUGCAUGAUCCUCAUCGUUAUCUUCGUGGCCAUGUUGGGGAUGCUGUCUCCUUCCAGUAGAGGGGCGCUGAUGACCACUUCCUGCUUCCUGUUUAUGUUCAUGGGUGUGUUCGGUGGAUACUUUGCUGGCAGACUCUACCGCACGCUGAAAGGUCAUCGCUGGAAGAAGGGAGCUUUCUGUACGGCCACUCUGUACCCUGCCGUGGUCUUCUGCAUCUGCUUCGUUCUCAACUGUUUCAUCUGGGGAGAGCACUCGUCUGGAGCCGUCCCCUUCACCACCAUGCUGGCUCUACUCUGCAUGUGGUUCGGUAUCUCCAUGCCGCUGGUCUACUUGGGCUACUACUUUGGCUUCCGCAAGCAGCCGUACGAUAACCCCGUCCGCACCAAUCAGAUCCCUCGCCAGGUGCCUGAGCAGCGCUGGUACAUGAACAAGUUUGUGGGCAUCCUGAUGGCUGGGAUUCUACCGUUUGGUGCCAUGUUCAUUGAGCUCUUCUUCAUCUUCAGUGCAAUCUGGGAGAACCAGUUCUACUACUUGUUUGGUUUCCUCUUCCUGGUGUUCAUCAUCCUGGUGGUGUCCUGCUCCCAGAUUAGUAUUGUGAUGGUCUACUUCCAGCUCUGUGCAGAGGACUACCGGUGGUGGUGGAGGACCUUCCUGGUAUCAGGGGGCUCAGCCUUCUACGUCCUUGUUUACGCCCUUUUCUACUUUGUCAACAAGCUGGACAUUGUGGAGUUUAUCCCUUCCCUGUUGUACUUUGGCUACACGGCUCUCAUGGUCCUGUCCUUCUGGCUCCUCACAGGGACAAUCGGCUUUUACGCAGCAUACAUGUUCAUACGGAAGAUAUACGCUGCCGUCAAAAUCGACUGACUUUUGUUUCAGCUGUUUGUUUGUUUUUUGCCACAUAAAUUUUUUGUUUUUUACAUUUUUAUUCUUUAUGUCCAACAAGCACUGGCUUGUGUGUGUUUGUGGACGCAAGGACGCGUGAGGUGGUGUUUGUGGAACAGUGACCGAUUUUCCCCCCCGCCCCCCAUGGGCAUGGAGAGAUGACAGUAAGAUGGCGCAGCCUGCAAACUCAACGAUCUUCCUCCCUCUGUGAUUGGAUGUCCAGAGACAGAGACUUCCUCUCGGAAAGUCAAUGUUUUCUACUGUGUUUCACCUUGUACACACAUGGGCCAAAGCAUGUCAAAUGAAACCGUCUCUGUAUGUUUUACUGUCUGCUUUUGGAGCAAGCCUGGGUUCCACAGGAGGACUCGAGUGCAUUGGCUCAGAAUUUAACUUUAUCGUUUUAAAAUCAGUAAUAUUUUAGUCUGACUUCUUUCACAUACACUCUCUAUCUCUCUGUAAAGUUAGUUUAUGUAUCUUUAUUCCAGAUACGUUUAUGAUCAGAGGAUGGUUUGGAGGUCACACUUGUAACAUCGCUAAUAAGUAUUAUUAUUUUUGUCCGAAAAUAUGCUGGGAAAUGGAAAUCUAACAUUGGAACAGGCAUGGAUAUUAAAAUAUUCAGAUAUUUUUACUGAAAUGUGACCAUUUCAGCCACAACUAAAAUCAUUAUCUCAAUUUGUCUCCCUGAAAACAAUUGUCUCACAGAUUGUCUAAAAUGUAUCUUUAAAGCGACCGGAUUUCAAUGUGGAGAAGCAUAAAUGAAUUUUCUCUUUAAAUACUACUUGCAUAAAUUAAUUUUUUUCUUUAAAUACUACUUGCAUGAAAGACGGUUGAAAUAUGAAAUGUUAUGGAACGAAGGUAAAUUUUGAUGAAAAGUAGUAUUCCUCAUCUUCAAAUCACCUAUAUAAUUUCUGUGCUUUAACCUAGGAGUAACAAUGUGUUUAAAUGGUUGGACACAUUGCAUUACUAGGCAAUGUAAACAGCUCCAUGAUCCCACUGAACUAUGCAUUUCUGUUCUUUAAGUAUAAGACUGUUCUUUGGUUUCAUAAUGGUCAUGUUAAAUGUUUUGAGUUUAACACAGUUUAGUGUCAGUGAGACACUGCUAUUCUAACAAGUUAUCAGUGUCGGUUAUCCCUGAGCGUCAAUGUCUUCUAGGAUUGUCUUAAACAGGAUUCUGUCAUUGAGCAUCUAAGUGGAGUACAGUUAUUUACCAUCAACUUCUGAAGUACAGUUAUUUACCAUCAACUUCUGGAGUACAGUUAUUUACCAUCAACUUCUGGAGUACAGUUAUUUACCAUCAACUUCUGGAGUACAGUUAUUUACCAUCAACUUCUGGAGUACAGUUGUUUCCCAUCAACUUCUGAAGUACAGUUGUUUCCCAUCAACUUCUGAAGUACAGUUGUUUCCCAUCAACUUCUGAAGUACAGUUGUUUCCCAUCAACUUCUGAAGUACAGUUAUUUACCAUCAACUUCUGAAGUACAGUUAUUUACCAUCAACUUCUGAAGUACAGUUAUUUACCAUCAACUUCUGAAGUACAGUUGUUUCCCAUCAACUUCUGAAGUACAGUUGUUUCCCAUCAACUUCUGAAGUACAGUUAUUUACCAUCAACUUCUGAAGUACAGUUAUUUACCAUCAACUUCUGAAGUACAGUUAUUUACCAUCAACUUCUGAAGUACAGUUAUUUACCAUCAACUUCUGGAGUACAGUUAUUUACCAUCAACUUCUGAAGUACAGUUGUUUCCCAUCAACUUCUGAAGUACAGUUAUUUCCCAUCAACUUCUGGAGUACAGUUAUUUACCAUCAACUUCUGGAGUACAGUUAUUUACCAUCAACUUCUGAAGUACAGUUAUUUACCAUCAACUUCUGGAGUACAGUUAUUUACCAUCAACUUCUGGAGUACAGUUAUUUACCAUCAACUUCUGGAGUACAGUUGUUUCCCAUCAACUUCUGAAGUACAGUUAUUUACCAUCAACUUCUGGAGUACAGUUAUUUACCAUCAACUUCUGGAGUACAGUUAUUUACCAUCAACUUCUGGAGUACAGUUAUUUACCAUCAACUUCUGAAGUACAGUUAUUUACCAUCAACUUCUGAAGUACAGUUGUUUCCCAAUAACCACGGGCCAAGUCGGUGCUGUGUAAGAUCAGUUUCCCAAUAACCACGAGCCAAGUCCGUGCUGUGUAAGAUCAGUUUCCCAUAAACCACGGGCCAAGUCGGUGCUGUGUAAGAUCAGUUUCCCAAUAACCACGGGCCAAGUCCGUGCUGUGUAAGAUCAGUUUCCCAUAAACCACACGCCAAGUCGGUGCUGUGUAAGAUCGCCAAUUGUCGAUAGGUUGUAGAUAGGUUCAAGAAGGUACUACAUGUCAACCUAUUGUAUUAAUGGGCAGAUCCUUCACUGGGUUUACUCUCUGUUACCCAGUUAGAAUUUCCCACCGGUGGUUCUCGUCUUAUAGAUGGAGUUUCUCUGAUUGUGGAGUCCGAAAUGCAGAAGACCCUGUAAGCUAUAACACAGGACCUACAUAACUGAAUGAAAGUGGGUUGAAUGGGAUUCAUAAUAUUCAAGACCUUUCUAUCAUGGGUGUAUUUUACUCACAUUUACUUUAUUCUAUGGGCCAGUUCCUCAGACCCAGAUUACGCCCGGUCCUGGAUUAAACAUAGUUCUCUAUGGAGAAUUGCCAUUGAAAGGUCAUUUUUAGUCCAGGAAUAGAUUUAAUUUAGGUCCAGGAAACUGGGUCUUUAAGUUUGAGAGCUGAGCUUUCAGGAAUGCGACCUUUAGGUCAACGUUAUUACCCUGCCAGUUUUUCCUUGAUAAAGAGCAUAGAAACCAACCAUACGACAGUCUGGUGGAAGUCUUGCCCAGCAGAUGGUGUUGAAAUAGAGCUGCACUGGAAGAGAGAGGGAUCGAACAGGUGCAGAGGGGGAAUUACUCCAUUCACCAUGAAGUGAAUCACUGAAUGAAUCAUACUUCUCCACUCUCCCGUUCUCACUUAGUCUCUUUCAUUCUCUGCCCUCUCACACAUUCACCUCCACAGUCAGUAUUGCAUCCGUCUUUUUCUUCCCUCUGUAAAGCCUUGUUCACACUACAGGCCUUAAUGCUCAAAUCAGUUUUGUUUGUUGUCCGAACAGCAAGUUACAAAUGACAAAAUCAGAUUGUCUGUUCAGACAGCAGUCAUUUGCUGACAUGGCUACGCUAGUUGUCACAGUAACGACAGGGGUCUUUGGUGUAGUCUGAUUGGUGGUGCUCGUGCUUCUAUCACUAAGAAGUUAUGUAGCAACCUAAGGUGACGACAAUGCGUCGCCAUGGAAGUUUCACAGUUGCUUUGAAUAUUCAAAAUCAUAGUGAGAACACUUUUAAAGCCUCAAAGGACAAGAUGAUCCAACUUUCAAAACGAGUUAUUUUUGGUUAGUCACAGCAGUCAACUAGCUAGCUAUGUAGCUGUUUAGCUUUUUAGAACAUUCACUCAUUUGUUUGUAAACAAACUAGUUAGACUACCACAUGGUCUUGUCAAACUGUCAACAGAGUAGCUAGCAAGCAACAAGAUAUGCCAAAUAACAAUCUAAAAACCAAUUGAGGGCAAAUUAAUAAGCCAUGGCUGGGAAGGUGGUUUGGAAUGAGGCUUGAAAUAUCAGAUUCCAUGUACUUUUUGGCUGUUCGGGGUGCAGGAAAAAUAACAGAUUUAAUAAAUUGUAUUUGAGUCACUUCAAACUGCCAGUGUGAACAAGGCUUUAGUGUCAAAGUGUUCCUGAGCUGCCAGCUCUCACUGCUCUCUGAUUCAGAGACUGACAGACUUCCUCACCUGGGCCCAACAAACAGAUUUCAGGAGAGAUUUUCUGCAGAUGUACAUUUGACUGACCGGAGCCGUGUAUGUACGUGAAUGGGUGUUGACUGUGUAAAUACAACACUUUGUAUGGCUGCGUUUUGCUGUAGUGGGGACUCUGACUAUAUAAAUAUCAUGUCAUUGUUUUAGCCAAAAGCAUGAUUUUUAAGAACCUGUUUCCUGUCCCGUUUUCUUUACAGAAUGCCCAGUGAUAUAAUGUAUGAAACUAAUAAAGUACUGAUACGAUGUUG